GCCAUCUGCAGUGCGAAAUUUAGACUUCUAGUGCACUUAAAUAUUUACUAUUUGUUUUUAAAUGUUUAGUGGUUGAAGGACGAGGUGAAAAUUAACAAAAUGCAGACUCACUGAAUUGAAUGUGAAAGAAAUUAUAUAUUAUUAUAUUACUAUAUUUAUAGUUUAAGAAUUGUUGAAAAUAUGAUUACUUUGAGAGGGAAAUUAAAAAAGGACAAUGACAUAGCAAACUCAAAAAACCGAGAUUAUAAUAAACGCGCGUCAGUCCGUGAUAAGCUGUUAAUAAAAGAAGUUCAAGAAAUGCAACAAACUUUACCAAGUACGUGUCAAGUGAAAUUUCAAGAUCCCGACUGUUUGCAUGAAUUCAUUCUCUUGAUUGUUCCUGAUGAAGGAUAUUGGAUUGGAGGUAGAUUUCAUUUUCAAAUAUAUAUUCCUGAAGAAUAUAAUAUGGCUCCACCAAAAGUUAAGUGCUUAACAAAAUUAUGGCAUCCUAACAUUAGUGAGGAUGGUAAUGUAUGCCUUUCGAUUUUGAGGCAAAGUAGUAUAGAUGAGAUGGGAUGGGCACCAACUCGUAAACUUAAAGAUGUUGUAUGGGGUUUGAAUUCACUUUUCACUGAUCUUUUAAAUUUCGAUGAUCCUUUGAAUCGAGAAGCAGCUGAUCUAUUUAUAAAAGAUAAAGAGUCCUUUCGAAGUAAAGUCAAAGAUUAUGUCAUGCAAUAUGCAAAAAGAUGAUUCACAUCAGUGGGUAAUGCUAUAAAAAUGUAAUUGCACAUUUAUGGAAUUAGUUUUUUUAUUUUGAUGAAAACUUCAAGUUUGAUUAAAAAGUACUUUCUCAAAUUAAUACCAAACAAUUUGUAUUUAAUUAUUAUUUGCCAACUAGUCUUCUUAUUCUAGGAAGAUUGUAUUUGUUAUCUUUAAAUUCGUUAAUCAGACGCAGCUUGAAUGAUGCUUCAUUGCAGUUAAAUUUGUGUAAUUAAUGAUACAGGGAAUGAGAACAGAGGACAUGUCAUCUGUACAAUAUACUUAUCCUUUUUAUAGAGUAUUGUAAUGACUGAUCAUAAUUUGUAAAUAAAGUCGAUAUUUAAUAAUAAA